UGAAUGCUGUUAUCGGAGUUAUUUUUAAUCUAUAGUCCGUUCAGUGUUUGAACGAGAAACGUACACCAUCGGCAAACACACACGCACAAGCAGCCGCCGCCGCCGCCGCAGUCGUCGUCGUCGUUUUGAUUGAGAAAUAAUAUUGUUAUUAUAUUGAUAAUUAUAUACAACAUCACACACUUCGGUCUCGGUCGCGAUUCGAUAAAAAACCAAACCGAAAAACCAAACCGAACCGACGACAAAAGUAUUAAAACAACACCGUCGUCGUCGUCGACACUAUGAGAGUUUUUUUUGUUUGUUAAUUCGCUGGCAUAAAAAAAACACCACCUCCCACGUGGUUUUCGUUGCAUACAGGACACGACGACGGAUUAUUCUUGAUCUUCUUCGGACAGGUGGAGAGUGAAAACAACAAAAAUGCGAGCUACCUUGGCAUUGUGGUUCCUGGUGUUCUCCGGGUUUGCGUGCAACUACAUGAUCCGCAUAAACCUGAACAUAGCCAUCGUGGACAUGACCACGGUGCGAAGCAAAACCAGCGGAGCGCACAUGUGUCCAAAUUCCACGGCGUUCAGUAGCAUUCGCCCGGCGGAUUCGUCAAGUCGCAAAACAGAAUUUCAAUGGACCGACCGAGAGAGAGCGAUGGUACUGGGCUCGUUCUAUUGGUUGCACUGGGCAACUCAACUGCCGGGAGGCAUACUGGCACGGACUUACGGUGCUAAACGGAUUUUCGGGUUCAGCAACUUGUUCAUGUUCGUCAUGUCGUUCGUCAUGCCUUUCGCCGCUCGAUGGGACAUCAAAGCUCUGGUGGCCGCUCGGGCGUUGCAAGGUCUAGUCGGGGGCAUGGCGUGGCCGUCGGUGCAUCAUCUGACCGCACACUGGAUACCGCCGAACAAGAGGAGCAAUUUCAUCACCGCUUAUUUGGGCAGUUCGAUCGGGGUCGCUAUCACGUAUCCGCUGUGCGGUCUCAUCAUGGAACAAUGGGGAUGGUCUUAUGUGUUCUACGUGUCGGCAGUGGUCGGCGUGCUGUGGUUCCUCGCCUGGUGGCUGCUGGUGUACGACACGCCGGCCGAACAUCCGUUCAUUUCCCCAAACGAGCUGGCCCACAUCACCAGCAGUCUGACCAGCAUGGUGUCGGCAGAGCCGUUGCCGAUACCUUGGAAGUCCGUUUUGACGUCUCUGCCCGUGUGGACGGCCCUGUUCGUCCAAUGGGGAACCGGAUGGGCUCUGCACACGCUCAUGACACAAACGCCGACCUACCUGAACCUGAUGUUCGGCUGGAGCCCACAAACGGUCGGCAUGUGGUCGGGAAUACCGCAUUUCACCAGGUUUUUCUUCUCGCUGUUCCUGUCGUUCGGCAUCGACUCGCUCAUGUCCACCGGCCUGUACAGCCGCACGUGUGUCCGCAAAAUAUCCACCAACAUAUGCACCGUGGCGCAAGCCCUACUGGUGUUGGCCGUCGUGUACGCGGGCUGCGAUCAAAUACUGGUCAACGUGUUUUUGACGUUGGCCAUGACCGCCAGCGGAGCUUCGACGUCCGGCCCGUUGUCGAUGAUGGUAGACCUGGCGCCCAAUUUCGCCAGUGUAUUGCAAGGUUUCAGCGGCAUAAUCGGAGUAGUCCCAGGAAUGAUAUCGCCGUUCGUGCUGUCGUACUUCACCAACGAUAACAACACGGUCGAGUCUUGGCAACACUUUUUCGCACUCUCGGCCGUCAUCAUAGCCAUGCCAGGAUUGAUGUACAACUUUGUCGGUUCCAGCGAACUCCAACCGUGGAACGCACCCAACGGCGCCGUGGUCAACCAAGAGCUGGCCAUCACCGCCAACGGGCUAACCACCAAAAAGUGAUUGUUUAAUAUUUAUUGUACUUUUUUUGUUGUUGUUAAUUUACACUUUAUGUAAAAACAACGUUUAUAUUUUGUAUACUGUUUGAGUCGUCAUUUUAAAUUAUUGAUUUUUAUCCAAUAAUAAUUGUUGACGUUUUGUUUCAAA